AUGUGGAGAGCACAACAGACUUUUCGUGGUCUCCUGGCAGACUACACCGUGCAUGUUCUGGGCGCCUACAAACGCAUCCUGGCGUUACUUGUUGAAGCGAGAUGUGUUCUAGUUUUAUGUUCUGGUCGUGAAGUAGGCAAAACAGAUUUAGUUGCAGCAGCUACACACCACAAAGGUCAUCACCACGAAGAGGGCGGUGGAAAAGAGCACCACGCACACCACCAUCACGAACAUGGUGAAAAGGGCCACAAAGGUCAUAAAGGUCAUCAUCACCACCACAAAGGUGAACACGGCGAUCAUCAUAAGCACCAUCAUGCAGGACAUCAUCAUGAGCACGGAGGCGGUCAUAAAAAGCACUGGGAUGAAGAUGAUCACCAUGGCAAACAUCACGAACACGGCCAUCAUCACAAAGGUGGUAAGCAUCAUCACAAAAAACAUUUCGACAAAGGUGAAGAGACCGAUGGUUACCAUAAAAAAUACCAUAAGGAUGAAUAUCACAAGGACCAUCACUUUUAUGAUGAUCACCAUAAAGAAGGCAAACACCAUAAGCACGAAAAGCAUCAUGGUCACCAUGACAAACACGGGGGACAUCAUAAGAAAGGAGGUCAUCAUCACUCCGGACAUCACGAGGACCAUUAUGGCAAAAAGGGUCACCACGAUAAACAUCACUAUGACGAAGAUCACAAAGGCUACAAAGGACACGGAGGCCAUGAAGAGCAUCAUCACGACCAUCACGACCAUGGUAAAAAGGGAGUCAGAAGGAUGACGCGAAUACUAUUACUAUUUAUUGCGUCGUAUGUUAUACUAGUGUCGAAGGCCCGAAAUGUCGAUAAUAUACCAAAGCCGUUUAGCGCUAAAGGAGAGCUUGUUUCUGACGGAAGUGAACGGCUUGAUCAAAUAGUCGCAGGCACUGGUAAACAUGAAGCCAAAGAAAGCCACCAGGAAUCAGGAGGUGGUCACGAUCAUCACGCUCACCACCAUAAGGAGAAUGAAGAAAAGGGUGACAAAGGCUAUAAAUCUCAUCACCACCACGAUAAAGGUGAUCACGGUCACCAUGAAAAACACCAUCAUGAAGGUCAUCACGAUGAGCAUGGUGGUCAUAAAAAAAAGCACCAUGACGAACAUGACAAACAUGGAGAGCAUCACGAAGCUGCUCACGGACAUAAAGGAGGAAAGUUUGGACACAAGAAAGGCCAUAAAAAGGGGUCGAAAACUACUGGAUUUCAUCAUAAGUCACACAAAGACGAAUACCAUAAGGAACAUAAGUUUUACGACGAUUUCCAUAAAGGCGGAAAUCACCAUAAACAUGGAGAUUUUCAUGGGCAUCAUGACAGUAAGGAAGGGCAACACAAAAAAGGUGGGCACCAUGAAAAAGGCCAUCACGAAAAACACCACGGUAAAAAAGGAAAACAUGACAAGGGUCAUUAUGAUGAAGAUCAUAAAGGACACAAAGGUCAUCAUGGACAUGAGGAACAUCAUGCUCACCACCAUGAUCAUGGCAAAAAGGGUGGUCAUGCUGGUGGCAAAGAAUAUGGGUUCAGCCAUGGAAAAAAGGCAUAGGUCAGAUAGAUUUGUAGAUCUUGUUACCAUUAUUUUAUUACUAUGUAACUUUUAAUUCUUGAGUUGAAUAAUGUUAUGUGUGUUAUGUUACAAGGCCUAUGAUAUGACAUUUACCCACAAAGAUAAAAAAAAAGAUCUUGUAAUCUCAUAAAAAAUGAGGCAUUAUUAGGGAACAAUUUUGAUGGUUUUUUGUUAACAACAUUUUUGAUUCCCUAAUGAGCAUCAGUAAAAUGACUAUGUGAUAAUUUUCUAGUCUGCAUUUUCAUUUUCUAUAACUUUAACAUGACCUUAAAUUAACUGAUUUACUAAACACAAUUUUAUUA